GUCAUUUCCGCGCGCCACCAUUCUGCCAGCAUAAAUCCCAGAUCGCAGGCCGUAGUAGUGUCAUCUGUUCCUAAAGUUCCGUCCUGCUUGUCCCUUGCGAGGCAUGGAGAGUGACUUUUACCUGCGUUACUACGUGGGUCACAAAGGCAAGUUCGGCCAUGAGUUCCUGGAGUUUGAAUUCCGACCUGACGGUAAAUUGCGAUACGCCAAUAACAGCAAUUACAAAAAUGACGUCAUGAUCAGGAAAGAGGCUUAUGUACAUAAAAGUGUGAUGGAAGAAUUAAAGAGAAUUAUUGAUGACAGUGAAAUCACCAAAGAAGACGAUGCUCUGUGGCCCCCUCCUGAUCGAGUGGGCCGGCAGGAGCUUGAAAUUGUCAUUGGAGAUGAACACAUUUCUUUUACAACAUCAAAAAUUGGUUCCCUUAUUGAUGUCAACCAGUCCAAGGAUCCAGAAGGCUUACGAGUAUUUUAUUAUCUUGUCCAGGACCUGAAGUGUUUAGUCUUCAGUCUGAUUGGAUUACACUUCAAGAUUAAACCAAUCUAGAUUGGAUAUUGUGGACACAAGGCGGGUGGGAGUUUUUAGUUACCAUAAUUAGGAUUUUUUUUUCUGUAUAUUGGGGCAAUUUUUAUAAACAAUAAAUGAUGAUCUUUAAUAAAUGUGAUAA